CUCACCCCUGCUUCAUGUGACCACUGACAAGCAAACAUGGCGGAUGUAGAGGCAUCGAAAUCUUUGAGCGGACUGUUGAAUGGAAUAGCUCAAAAAGUGUAUUAUAGCAACAGCGAAAUCACAGAGGAGCUGCUGAAAGAUGAGUUGUAUCCCGAGCUGUCGCAGGAGGAGUUCAAGGCUUUGCAUGAAAAGAUGAAAGCCCUCAUUAAGUCUAUUGCCACAGCAGACAUGGACCCCUCCCAGCUGGAGGCCUUCCUCACAGCGCAGACGAAGAGGCAGGGCAGCGGGGGGCUGGGUGCCGAGCAGGCCGCCGCCCUCUCUCGCUUCUGGAAGAGCCAGCGGGUGCGGGUGAGGGAGAGUCUGCUGUCUCAGAGCCGCUGGGAGCCCGGUCUCAGGGGCCUCUCCUGGAGGGUGGACCUCCACACUGCGGCCAGCCGGGGGGACCCAGCCCACAGCGGCCCCGUGGCCCUCAUGGAGCUGGAGCUGGGCCGAGCCGGACAGGUGAGCCUGAAGAGAAGCCAUUCAAUGUCUCUUAUGCUCCGUCUCAAUUUGCGUACUUAUUCAACACUCAAGAUUCAAAGGCUUUGUUGUCAGAUGCAGAGAGCCAUGAAGGAGGCCAUGUCCACACCAAG